GUGAUCUGGCACAGAGGCGGGAGGGGAGCACAGCACAAGUCCUGGAAGAGGUUUGAGCCAAAAGCAGUCUGCUGCCCGACUUUCAUCGACAUUCCUCCGUCUGUCGGGCUCGCAGAGCUGAGCCAAACGGUUCACGGUGCGUAAUUACGCACGGGGACUACAGAUCCGCGGAGUUGCUCGUCGUGGAAACCCGCGGACAAAGAAAGGCAGGCAGACCGGAGUACAACAACUGACUUGAGAGGAGUACUGUUGCAGGGGAAACGGGUGGAAUCUGGAGUCGGAAGUGAUUUGUCUUCCCCCAGAAAUGUAACUUGCAAGCAGGACUUUUGGUGAAGAAGCCGGACAGGAGAAAAGGACAAAAAGUGGAGUGGUGAGUGGAAUCUGAACCCAAAUCAGCAUCCAGAUCCUCGGAGCAUGGAAGGAGUUGUCUGCGAGCUGUAAAAUGUUCCCGCUACAUCGAGAGAGGGAGCAGCCCAUCUUCAGUGCCAGAGCUCAUGUCUUCCAGAUUGAUCCAGCCACCAAACGCAACUGGCUACCAGCCAGCAAACACGCCGUCACAGUCUCCUUCUUCUAUGAUGCCAGCCGCACCGUGUACCGCAUCAUCAGUGUGGGCGGGACUAAGGCCAUCAUCAACAGCACCAUCACCCCCAACAUGACCUUCACCAAAACCUCCCAGAAGUUUGGCCAGUGGGCCGACAGCCGGGCCAACACCGUCUAUGGCCUGGGCUUUUCCACAGAGCAGCAGCUGCAGCAGUUUGCAGAUCAGUUUAAGGAGGUAAAGGAGGCAGCCCGUCUGGCCAGAGAGAAAUCUCAGGAGAGGUUUGAGCUGGCCAACCCUGCGCUCAACAUUGCAGCUCCAGAGGCCAAUACGACAGAGCGGAGCAGUAAUAUCCCAAUGAACUCAGUGCCUUUGUUUCUAUUUUAAACAUACACAGAAGCAUGAGGGAUUAGACGGAUGUCCAUCUGGCGGCUCCAUUAUUCUCGCAUUGGUUAACCCCAUUAAAAGAUUUCAUGCAUGACAAAUGGAGAUGGGAAGCAGAAAGAGAUGCGAGCUCUGAAGGUGUUUGGAGGGGCAGUAAUGGCUGGGACUGAAAGGAAGAAGAAGGAGGGCUCAGGAGAAUGGGGAGGAAAGAAAGGAGAUGUGGGGACAGAGAGAGGGGAGCUGAAUCAUCAAUAAUUGAAGUGAAUCUGGCUGCUGCUGAAAGGACAAUGGCCAGCUUUUAUCCUGCCGCGGUCUGUGAUUUCUUGGUGGACUUGAUAACACUGAGGACCAGCUGGAGAAGUGAAAGCUCGCAUGCAGUGGAAACUUUUCGUCCUUCACCUUUUUUCCACAAGUAGAUUAUAGGACACGUAUUUUUAAUGGGACAGCUCUUCUGACAUUUACAACACAAGUAGUACACACUCUGUUUGGGUGGCUGUGAUCAAACAUGGAGGGCAGUGUCCCAAAAGUCAACACAUGGCAGUGUCACAUGAUGACUCAACUUUUGCUUCAGUUUGGCUCUACUAAUCUUGUUUAUUUAGUAGGCCUGCCACGUAUCAUCAGUGAGUGUGUUGGUUGUUGUGGUGACAUGAAUUCAUAACAGGCUAAACUCUGUGUGUGUGAGUUGCACAGUGUAGAAGUCCAAACAAGGAGCCACUCAGCAGGUCUGAGAGACUGCAGAGUCACGCUGCCAACUGUGUCCCCAGCUCUGAGACACUCAGAUAAGAGCUGAUGGUUUGUCUUGUCUGUUUAUUUGGCGAGGCAGAGAGAAAUGAUACGACAAAACAGAGCAUCAAUACCGAGAAGGUCAACGGCACAAGAAGUCCAGUGGAAAAAUUGAACAAUAUUCCAUCAAACAAGCUGACAUUUAAUGUUAAAGUUCUAUUAAAUAUUGUUUCCAUCGAGGCCAUGGGAGCAUUGAUCCUGGACUGAGCUGCACAGAAGGAGGUCAAAGGGCAACUUUGAUCAGUAAUGUCCCCCUGAUUUACCUUCGAUCAUUAAACUUAAUUUAAUUAGUGUCUGUUCGUCUGUGAUUCAGUUUUAAUGUGUUCAAACUUAAGUUACUCUUUUGAUCACUCUAAUAUCUGUAGCUUUCUUUUUGCUAAUAAAUACUGUAUACUUGC